UCUCUCUCAUGACAACAUUAAUGGCGUCUUUCUUAUACAUCUUCUCUCUCCUCCAUUUACUAUCCCAUAUCUACAUCACAAAUGCCACCCAGCUUAUUGUAGUAAACAAUUGCAAUGAAGUCAUAUGGCCAGCGAUUCUCGGCAGCGCCGGCCAAAUAACUCUUAAAGACGGUGGCUUUGAACUAACAAGCGGUCAAGAAUCCGUAAUCGACGUCCCUGAUAAAUGGUCAGGAAGAAUUUGGGCAAGACAAGGUUGCAAAUUCGAUAACUCCGGCAAAGGUAUAUGCGAAACCGGGGACUGUUCCGGCCAAAUUCACUGCCAAGGAACCGGCGGAUUACCUCCUGCGACUGUUGUCGAAAUGACCUUAGGAACUUCAUAUUCUCCACUGCAUUUUUACGACGUUAGUCUUGUCGACGGUUUCAAUUUACCGGUUUCGAUGGCGCCGGUUGGCGGAGGAAUCGGGUGUGGCGUGGCCGCGUGUGAAGUGGAUUUGAACGUUUGUUGUCCGUCGGCAUUGGAAGUGAGAAAAGAAGGGAGGGUUGUGGGGUGUAAAAGUGCUUGUUUGGCGAUGAAAUCGGCAAAGUAUUGUUGUACGGGGGAGUAUGCGAAUCCGAAAAUGUGUAAACCUACUUUGUUUGCUCAUUUGUUUAAGGCUAUUUGUCCUAAAGCUUAUAGUUUUGCUUUUGAUGAUUCUUCUAGUCUUCAUAAAUGUAGGGCUUCACGUUAUGUUAUCACAUUCUGCCCUCCCAAAUGAUCUAAUUAAUAUUAGCUAUCAUGGUUGAUUAAUUAUGUUAUGUAAUGUAAGUUGUUGGAUUUCA